AGGAAAAAGAUGCCGAGAUCCCUUGCUCUGGUUUCACUCUUUAUACCUUGAAUCUCUCUCUCUCGUUCUUCCUCAUUUGCUCCUUUUGGAUGCAAGUUGGUUCCUGGAACCGAAAUAUCACGCUUGGUAACUCAGACAAGAUAGCUGCUUUAUCAUCAUUGAAGCCACUGUCAAAUCUGGCCAGAGACCAAGAAGGGAAGCUAGGCAUGGGGGGAAUUUCUAAAGGACUAAUUUCCAAUUUGUCUGAGAGUUCAUGGAAUUCAGUGGAUCACCAUCCAAAAUAAUAUGAAUGGAAACAGGACCAACACCAAUUUCAUCCAGCAUGAAAGCAGUCUGUUCUCUAGCUCAUUGUCAGAAAUAUUUAGUGGAAAGCAUAAGAUAUCCUCUUUAUGCAUUCUGAGCUUGUGUGUUCUUGACAUGUUUGAUCUGCUUCUCUCAGAUUUCCUAAAAGAAGAUACUUUAUUGGACUUAAUGCUUGAUGUGCAAUUAUUGAGGAAUGAUGCUCCAACUCUUCUACCUAGCUUUAAGGUUGGUUCAGACCAUGAGGAAGAACCUUUAGAAUCCCUUGAAGAAAUUGAGUUGCAGACCAUUGUAGGAGCAUCUAAUGGUUCAAUUGUUGGUGGACACCCUUCGAGAACACUUUUUGUGAGAAACAAUAACAGUAAUGUUGAAGAUUCUGAACUCAAGGCACUUUUUGAGCAAUAUGGAGAUAUCCGUGCUCUCUACACAGCCUGCAAGCAUCGUGAUAUACAUUAUUCUAUUCCAAAGGGUAAUACAUCUGAAAAAGAUGUCAAUCAGGGAACACUGGUGGUUUUCAAUCUUGAUGCCUCUGUUUCAACCAAUGGGCUUCAACAAAUUUUUAGUGUUUUUGGAGAAAUUAAAAGCCAUGAGAUUUCACCUGAGCAAAAUCACAAAUUCAUUGAGUUUUAUAAUGUUAGAGCUGCUGAAGCUGCUCUUUGUGCAUUGAAUAAGUGUGACUUUGCUGGGAAGCAGAUCAAAAUUGAACCAAGUCCUCCAGGGGGUGUAAGACGGGGGAUGAGAGCUAUAUGCUGUUUCUUUGUUCUGGGCCUGGAUGUGGAAAGUUUUAUGCAACUUUCAGACCAAGGGCAAGAUGAAUCUAGUAAUCUCUGUCAAAGUUCUUUGGAUGACUUGAUGGCAAGACACAUGGCCAGGGUAAGUGCAUCUGGCUACAUGGAUAAUGGAUCCAGCCCGAUAUUACAUGAUGUUAUAUGGUCACCUGUGAAUACAUUUAUUGGACCUAGUCAAAGUUCUAGUGUUCCGAUCAACUUGCCCUCUCCUGCAAGAGUGGCAUCUGUUAACAACCAAUUUAAUCUCCAGGAGCCAAACCACACUCUAGAUGUAAUGAAGUUCCGGAACCAGUGCAUUACAAGUUUCCAUCCCCAUUCCUCUCCCAAGUAUCAUGAUAAUUUAGCCAAAAGCCUUCCAUCUAACUCCUCAAGCACCAUUCCAGACAUGGUUAGCAGUUUUGUUUCCCAAAUGACUGAUGGACUUGAUAAUAGGAGCAUUCAUGGAGUGAGUACAAAUGGGCACCUGAUAGAACCUAAUGGAGGGGUUUUUGGAUCAUCUGGUAAUGGAAGCUGUUUGCUUCAUGGAAAUCAUUAUGCAUGGAACAACUCCAACUCACAUCAGCAGCACCCUUCAAGUGCCAGGAUUUGGCCCAAUUCUCCCUCUUUUGUCAGUGGUGUUCAGCAUAUGCCUGCAUUUCCUAGGGUACCUCCUGUUAUGCUGAAUGCAGUAUCACCUGUACACCAUCACAUUGGGUCAGCACCACCAGUUAAUUCACCAUUAUGGACAGGCGACAUGCCUAUGCUGGGAAAUCUCCUGACACCUCCAGUUUUCACUUAGGAUCUCUAGGGAAUGUUGGAUUUCCUGGUAGUUCUCCAUCACACCUUGUGGAAAUCGCUUCUCACAACAUUUUCUCACAUGCUGGUGGAAACAAUGGUGUGGUACACGCUCCUCAGCAAAUGUGUCACCUUUUCCCUGGAAGAAACCCUGUGAUAUCCAUGCCAGGUUCUUUUGAGUCUCCCAAUGAAUGUGUGAGAAAUUUCUCACACCAUAGAAAUGAAUUGAAUUUUAAUAAUGCUGAUAAGAAACAAUAUGAACUUGACAUUGACUGCAUCAUACACGGGGAAGACAGCAGAACAAUGCUGAUGAUAAAGAACAUUCCAAACAAGUAUACCUCAAAGAUGCUUCUGGCUGCAAUAAAUGCGCACUGUCAACGAAACCUCAUUUCUAACACUUAUUUGCCAAUUGACUUCAAGGCAAUUAAUUUUUUGAUGAGCUCGUCUCCCCCUUGAAGUGCCUUAGGCUGGGGUGAUUGGAGAAUAAAUGCAAUGUGGGCUAUGCAUUCAUCAACAUGAUUGAUCCACAACAGAUUAUUCCAUUCCAUAAGGCAUUCAAUGGCGAAAAAUGGGAAAAGUUCAACAGUGAAAAAGUGGCAUUGCUUGCAUAUGCUAGGAUUCAAGGAAAAGCUGCUCUUAAUCGCCCAUUUCCAGAACUCAAGCUUGAUGAAUGAAGUAAACAAUGCCGUCCUAUUCUUUUUCAUACUGAUGGUCCGAACGCUGGUGAUCAGGAGCCGUUUCCCAUGGGGUACUAAAAUUGGAUCAAAACCUGGAAAGCCUCGAACAACCAGCCCAGAGAACAAUAGCCAAGUUAGCUCCUCGACUUCAGCAAUGGGGAGGAGCCUUCCAAUGGGGUAGAACCUUGGUCAGGUUAUCCCAAGUAUUCUAACUGAGCUAUCUGCUUUACCAAGCAGUAAUUGUGGAAGAGUAGUUUUGAUAAUCCAAAUGCAUUUUGUAACUAUAGUUUCUUGACCAUUCCAUCUGUUUCUAGGAAAAUUUUUGUAUGAAUGGCCAAUAUGAGCAUAGAGAACAACUUAAAAUGUUCCCAAGUCUAUCCAUAACUCCAGGGAUCCUUCUUGUUCUCACUUUUGUAUAUUGAUGUCUCCAGAUGUAAUUUCCUUUCU